UCUCGAUGUCCUAGCGUGUAGUACAAAAGAUUCGUUGUAACUCCAAGGCCACUCUGCUCAAUGAGCCGAUUGAUAUGGCCUUAUUACACUUGUACUUUUUUUAGAAAACCACCUCAAUACGGCCUAAAGUUAUGGUAUCGAUAUUUUAUACCUGAUUCGUAUGCUUCUGUUGAUAUUUGGAACGCUCGGCUCUCUAGUGAUAUUUUCCAAAAUAUUUCAGCUCGUGAUCAUGGUUUAAAAUUACUGCAAAAAAUUAAUUCUGGAAAAGUCGUGUCACCACUGGACUAUGACAUAUUCGCAAAUAAACUAGAUGAACUAAAUGUACAGUCCUUAGAUUUUGUUGAAGAAGUCAUCAUGAGCUAUAUGAAUACUCAGUCUGCGGUCGAUGUAAGGGAUUCAACAUCUCAUGCGUUUAUUCGAGGCUAUUUGAAUUUCCGAGAAGUUGACAGAUUACUAAAAUUAAUCCAAUGUAGAUCAAAAACAGGAAUCUUUGUAGAUUUUGCCUCUGCAGUUCUUAUGAUGGACGUGUUUUUACGAAAAGGUGAAUGGAAUUCUGCUGUUGCAGUUUCUUGGGAACUCUGUCUUCAGGAAUAUUUCAGCUUAGAGAAUGUUAGACCCCUUGUCCUUGCUACUUCACUUUAUUCAUGCAUGAAGUCAAUAGAAAAUGAUUCUUACGUGGUCAAAGAACCUGAACCGGCGGAUGACAAAGAGAUUGAACAAAAAUUGGUUCCUUAUGUUAGAAACCCAAGCUAUGAUAACUUUUUCGAUAUAAAGCACCCUAAGUUGAAGACUGGUUAUACGCUCCUGCAUUUGUCUCAUGUACUAAACAGUCGAUGCUCACUUUUUCAAACUACCCCAGUAUGGAAUAGUCUAUCUAAAUAUGUUGAUAGUUUUCGUUUAAUGAUGAGAAUUUUCGGACUUGCUCUUUCUGAACAGUGCCACAAAUUAUUAGUUGAACUGAGAAAAAUUGAUGAGUCAGCAAUACAGUUAGGAGGAUUCGAUCCUAUUGUGACGGAAAAGUUAACAAGGAUUGUUGAUACUUGUGAAACCCGAUCCGAUGACUCGUCUCUAAAGCCAGGAGAACCGCAGCUUCCAAGCGUAUCGGAUGUAAAAUCAGUGCAGAAUGAACUUGUGCGUGUUCAGGGUGGAUCACAAUGUACCACACCAAACUUUUUUAAAUUGGCCGAAGAGUUUAUCUUCAAUGGAGUAAUUAAUAACUCAGACUGUAUGAAGCAGGAAUUAGAGACACUUUCUGACUUGUAUAGUAAAUUUGAUGAAGAACGGAGAAAAGAAUACACUGAAGCUGUCAAAAUGCAAAAAUCUGAAGAAGUUCUUAAAAAAACCAAAGAAAAGCUAAGAGAAAUCCUAGAUAAAGAAGAACAAAUAACAUACUUCCAGAAUAAUACGAAAAUAAUAAAGGACGCAUGGUUAGCACCCCGAACACGUCAAGAAGCUCGUUGGUCAAGACUAAAGGAGUGGAGAAGUGAAAUUCUUUCUCAAAGACAAAAGCAGGAUAAUAGUUCGCCUGUUCAAUGAAUCUGAAACUGUACAUAUAUACUUUUAAUAGUAAUACGUUUAUAUACGAAAUUGAUUGAUGUACAUCAUAUUAGUCACCCAAUAUUAUUAUCUCCAUAAUGUUGAUGUACAGAUGCACCCGUUUUUUAAUGGAAACUUUAUUUGAUAGGUAUUUAAAGUUAGAAGUAAUUAUCAGAAUGAACUACAAAGUUCCAAUCAUAGUUUAUGGUGUGACAUUUUAAUAUUCCCUAAAUAGAGCUGUAGCUUGAAGGAAAAUGCAAUUAGAAAGCUUUCUUCACAUAAAUAUCACCUAUACUAUGUAACUUUUAACUAAGCCUAAUUGUUUUUAACUAGUGGGAGGAAUCAUUUCAUACUAAUAAUUAUAAUACGUGUACACAAACCCAGUUAGUUAUGUUCCAGGUUAUAUCGGCCUCAUAAAGUGAGCUCUUAGGAAACGUAUUACUUUGUCAGUAUGUCAAAAGAAGUAUCUAGGCCAAUCAAUAACUCAAUUCCAGAACACUGUAAAUUCUGACCACAUUGCGCAGUUAAAACGCGUUUAUAAGUCAUCCAUGCAACCAAACAAAUAUCAUCAAACGAAGGAUAACAAAUCAUAUAUGUGACUCUUAUCCUUCAAUAAGAGGUGGAAGUAACAAGACUUCGUAGUGCUACAAAAUAUUACCAUUAAUAUAAUGAAUAACUCAACAUAAUAAAUCAAGAAUGAACAACAAAAGUGCGAUUUAUUAGCAAAGUGUAGAUGUGAAUGUUACUUAAAUUUGUAAACUUGUAUAGCAUAUUCAGAUGUAUAAAUGUGCGUAUUCAGAUUGUGUAUUGUUCUACAUAAAUUUUGUAGUAACGAUCUGUUUUCAUAAUUGUCUGCGUCCAGUUUAUUUUUAACUCUUCCUUCCUUCUUACUUG